AAAAUGACUGAAUUUGCAUUAGUUUGGGAGGAUAGAGAAAUUCGUUUUGACAUUCCCUACUCCAUUCUUAAAUUAAGAUCCGGUGAAAAAUUGGUAGAUCGAAUGGAUGCUGUUGAAGAUUCUAAAGGAAAUAGCGGAGAUAAGGGACGUUUGUUAAUAACAAAUAUCAGAUUAAUGUGGCAUUCUCAUUCUACACCUCGUGUUAAUUUGACUAUAGGAUAUAACUGCAUAAUUAACAUGAGUAUCAAAACAGUUAUAUCUAAACUAAGAGCAACGACAGAUGCUCUGCAUAUAAUGGCUGCUAAUGGGUCUUCCAAAUUUGAAUUUAUUUUUACAGAUAUUAGUUUAUUGGACAAAAAACAUUUUUCUUUAGUGAUUGGUGUUCAUAAAGCCUACACGUCGACAAAAAUGUACAGAGACUUGAAAUUAAGAGCGUCCAUUCUAAAUAGUGGAGCUCUAUCAGUCUUAAAAAAUGAGCAAGUGUAUCAAAAAGUAAAUGGUGUUUGGAAUCUUUCGAGCGACCAGGGUAAUUUAGGAACAAUUCUAAUAACAAACAUUAGAAUAGUUUGGUAUGCCGAUCUUAACGAAUGCUUCAAUAUCACAUUACCAUAUAUGCAAAUAGUUACGAUCCAAGUCCGCGAUAGUAAAUUUGGUCCAGCCUUAGUCAUUAUCGUUUCGGAGCAGAGUGGAGGAUAUUUAUUAGGAUUCAGAAUUGAUCCAGAGGAUAGACUUGGAGCAGUCUAUAAAGAAUUAAUUUCACUUCACUCUGUAUAUAGCCAAAACCCUAUAUUUGGUGUAGAGUAUUCAUUGAAAGAUCAAGUUUUUAGUCCACCGCCUGCUGAUCCAAAUUUUGAAGACGUACAGGAAUUAGAUAAAUCUAAAGAUACUCCAUCUACAUUAACUACGUACAUAGCCGAAGGAGAACAUUCUGUUGAUCGCGUUCCAAUUUACAGCAAGGAUUUGGGUUUGGCCAUAGAAACUCCAAGAAAUGGAUAUACAAUAAAAAGUCUUUGGGAAGUCAUGCCAUCUUCUUCAUAA